CAGCUGUGGAACAAGUUCUAAGAAGAAUAUAAGCACCUUGACAAGAUCUGAAUAGAAUUUGAAGCUUGUGAAUAUGGAUGCAGUUGAAAGUGUGGCACCAGGAGAGGAGAGCCAGAUAAUGGAAGACCAAAGCAUUUCAGUGAAAAAAGAGGAGGAGGAAACGGAGAGGAUGAAGUCCCCCAAGCCAGCCAGACAGCGGAAGAAACGACUUAUUAAUCAGUUGAAAGAACAGAUGGAAUUCUACUUCAGUGCAGCCAACAUCAGCAAAAAUCGCACCAUGGCACGAUUUUAUGAGAAUGGUCCUUAUAUCAGUUUGGAGACCUUUUGUAAUAAAUUCAACAAGAUUAGGGCCAUGACAGAUGAUACAAACUUACUCAAAAAAGCUGUUGAAAAGUCAACACUUCUAGAACUUUCAGAGGAUGGUCGUAUGGUUAAGAGAAAAGAGGAAGUGGUAAAAAAAGCUAAUGAAACAGAGUGCACAAUUUAUGUUGAGAAUAUUCCUGCUCAUGUGGAUCAUGAUUGGGUUCGGCAGAUUUUUUCACAGUAUGGUGUUAUUGAUUACAUUUCUUUACCUCGUUAUAAACAUUCUUGUAGACCAAAAGGAUUCGCUUUUGUCGAGUUCCAGACUCCGGAGAUGGCAGAUCUGGCACUGGAGUCAUUUGGUGCGGAGAAGUGUAGGAUACCAUCAGACAUUGACCCAGCCCAACUUCAGAGUAUCAAAAAUUUUGAUCAAAAUUCUGAGCAGGUAAACAAAGAGGAAAAAACAGUUCCAGAUAAAUCUAGUGACGGAAACGAAACUGCACCGGGAGAUGAGAUGGAAGAAGUUAAUAAUGACAUGGAUGACAAUACAAGCGUUAAGAGGAAGAGGACAGACUCAGGAGGAGAAUGUGACACUGAGACGAAUGUUUCAAAAAAAAUAAAGCCUGGGGAAGGAAACCUUAGUGAUGGGAGUAAGGAGAGUGGGGCGAUUUCAGCUGGCGAAGAGCAAGGAGCCAAUGAGAAGAAGAGUAAGAAAAAGAAGCGUAAGCGAAGCAAGAAAGUGAAAGGUGAUGAAAUAGAAAGUAUUUACCUGAAAGUAAUGUCUAAAAGGGAAUGGAAGACAUUGAGAAAUAAAUAUCUAAAUAUGCAAAGAGAAAAUAUGAGAAAUCUAAAACAGAAAGUAAGAGAAAUCAGAGAUCAGAGACAAUCUAUAUAUAGCAAUUGCAGAUAUAAAAAUCCAGAUAUGUCAUUAGGAACAGACUUUUCAGGACAUUAUCAAAAGCAUAAUCAUGAUGAUACAGCUGAUGAUACAGUAGAUGGACAAGAGAAAAAAAAUAAAAGUACUAAACCUAACUUCAUUCCAAAUGCUAUUAUUAAGAUAAGUUUUGAGGAGCCUCCUCAGGACCCCAAGAAGUUACGAGAAACCAUACGUAAAGGAGGUGGUGAGGGUGUGGCAUAUGUAGAUGCUAGUGUCAUGGAAAGAAAUGUCUUUGUGAGGUUCCUUUCAGAGGAAGCUGCAGCGGCAUAUAAAAAAUCUGGAUGUUGGAGUCGAAUGGAGAUUCUUUCGGGCGCAGAGGAGGAGGAGUAUUGGAACAACAUCAACAUUUGCUGGUCUCAAAAUAGAGGAAAAAGGAAAAAGCAGACUGGGGAUGGAACUACUGGCAUUUCAAACCAGGAAAGAGGGAGAGAAAAGUUACUUCUGAAAGCAUUCCGAGAGUCUCAAAACCCAAAGCCAUCUCAGCAUAUUGUGUUUGAAGAUUGAUGUUAUAGGUAUUGCCAGAGCAUAACUGUGUCUCAUUAUUAGAUCAGAGAUAAUAGGUCAUGUAGUUUAGAUGGAAUUCAGUAUUUUUUUUUAUGACUGCUAAUAACGGGAUGAAUUUUUUUUUUUUUUUUUUUUUUUUUUUUUUUCUUUCUUUCUCAGGAAAGAUUUUAACAUUAGGUUGGAAAUUAGACUCAAAUAAGGUUGAAAUAUUUUUGAUUGUGAGGUUUCUUGUAUGUUACCACAUAUGCCAUAAAAGAGAUAAGCAAUAAAUCUGUAAUAAUUUUC